GGCUGCGAUACCGACGGUUACGAAUAAACAUCAACAAGACCGAUCCCGACAAAACCCACAACCACGGAUUCACAUUUGGAGCAGGCUAUCUGUCUCCCUGAAAUCCGUCAAGAUGAAGCUAGUCAGGUUCCUCAUGAAAUGCGCCAACGAGACGGUGACCAUCGAGCUCAAGAACGGCACCAUCGUGCACGGCACCAUCGCGUCGGUGUCGCCGCAGAUGAACACGGCCCUGCGCAACGUCAAGAUGACGCCCCGCGGCCAGGACGCCAUCCCGCUCGAGACCCUCAACGUCCGCGGCAGCACCAUCCGCUACUUCAUCCUGCCCGACUCCCUCCCGCUCGACACCCUGCUCAUCGACGACGCCCCCAAGCCCAAGAACAAGGCCCGCAAGGAGGCCGACCGCGGUACCGCGCGCGGUGGGCGUGGUGGUGGGCGCGGCCGUGGGAUGGGGAGGGGGAGGGGGCGCGGCCGCGGGAGGGGGUUCUAAGCUGGUUUCGCUAGGGCUUGAGGUCGGAGGGAAAACUCAAGAGGUUGUGUGGCGCCUGAUGGUGGCAUGGGUGUCCGCUUUAUCUAUCGAGGUGAUUAGGUGCCGGGCCGGCAUUUGGAUGGCAAGACGGAGUCGAGGAACUACCAGUGGGCGGAAAAUAUAUCUACA